ACGGACGGAGUGAGCCGAGGGACAAACGGUCGCGGCGCGCGGCACGUUGCUACGCAACGGCAAACUGACCGUUAGGAGUGGCGCGUGCAUGGCCAAGCUGGUGCUGGCAGGUAGGGCAGGCUGCCCGCAGUACGCCAGAGCCGAGCUCCUGGCCGACUACCUCCAGGCUAACCUGCCUGACUUCAGCGUGCACAAGGUGGUUCAGCACCCCGACACGUGGGAGCAGUGGCUUCAUGAUGUUUGUGAAAUGAAUGGAUGGGAACACAAACGGUCUCCAGUUGUUUGGAGAGAACUGUUGGACCGUGGAGGCAAGGGUCUGCUUCUGGGAGGACUUAAUGAAUUUCUGGAAUAUGCUCAGAACUAUUACGGCAUCACCUCAAUGAAGCUGACUGAGGAAAUAUUAGAGAUUGCUGAGGAGAACCUGCAAGCACACAUGGAAUCUGAAAAAGAGCAGGAAGAGAUUAGAAGUCUUAUCAACCCUUUGCAGAUCUGGAUCACCAGUGCAUCAGCUCCAACCUGCUAUCAGCUUAUCCCUCUGCUGGCAAGUGGCGAUGUGUUUGGAAUGACCACAGAAAUCAGUAUUCAUUUGCUUGAUGCGGUCCAGUCUAAGGAAUGUCUUUCUGGUAUUGUAAUGGAAGUUGAAGACAUGGCAUUCCCACUUCUCCGUGGUAUUUCAGGGCACACUGAGAUAGAUAAGGCUUUUCUUCAAGCUGAUGUUAUCAUUGUUCCUGAUGAUACCAUUUUAGAAAGAGACACCCAAACCCUUGAGAACUGCAUUAGAGCAAUGAGUGAGAUCUGUCAAGUGUACGCUCCUCUGAUUGAGAAGAAUGCCAAGAGUGGAGUCAGAAUAAUUUCUGCGGGAAAAACCUUUGUAAACCUUAAGGCAAUGAUGAUUAUCACGUACGGCCCAUCCAUUAAGCCUGAAAAUGUCAUUGCUGUUGCAACAUCCUGGGAAAGUGCAUCUAAAGCCAUGCUAGCCAGGAAGCUGAGUAUGAACACAGCAGGGGUUAAAGAUGUGAUUGUUUGGGGCAACAUUUCUGGCUGUAUGUACAUUGAUUUGUCACAUGCAAAGGUUUACAGAUGUGACAGUGCUAUUUGGGGCCCAGCUAAUUUUUCACGUCCUCUGUUGAAUUUGAUCCAUGAUAGCAAAUGGAUCAAUUCAGAAUUUAUGUCUGCACAGAGUUCAUCAAGUUCCCGUGUCUGCCAUUAUGCAGGAAUAUUACCUGCUCAUGCAGUAGCCACUGCAUUAAGAUACUGGUUCCAUGGUUCUCCUCCUGGAGAGAUUGUUUCUAUGGGAAUAUUUAGUGAAGGUCAAUUUUGCAUUCCUGAAGGGAUUGUCUUCUCUAUGCCUGUGAGGUUCCAGAAUGGUAGCUGGGAAGUUGUGACAGAAUUAGAAAUUAACGAAAAAACACAGGAAGUUCUGGAUCGCUUAUCCUAUGAUCUGAUACAGGAAAAGUGCAUUGCACUAAAGGAAAUAAAAGAAAUGCGUCCUUACAGAGCUGAUAAAAUCACUACUAAAAAAGAUUUGUGUCAAGAGAUGGAAGCUUUUCCUACUGGCUCAGUUUAGCAAGAGUUGUCCUCAGGAGAAAAUGGUGAAAAUUCCCUUGCUAAAACGAUGUUUCUAUUGUUCAAAAGAGUAAACUACAAAGAAAUGCUAA